AUAACGAACCACGAAUCGCUUUCUCUUGUUCGAAAGCUAAAAUGCCUGAGAGCUGAGAUCUCAUCUUACAGAUCUUCUCUUCUGAUACUUCUUCCUCAAUUCUUCUCUCUCAGUGUUAUCUUCAAUUUCCAAUGGGUGUGGCAUCAAAUGGAUCUGCAUCUGAUAAGCCAUUGAAGUUCCUGAUCUAUGGCAGGACCGGUUGGAUUGGAGGUCUGCUUGGUAAGCUCUGUCAAGCUCAGGGAAUCGACUUCGCUUACGGCACAGGUCGACUUGAGAACCGAACCUCAUUAGAAUCCGACAUCGCCACCCUCCGGCCUACUCAUGUCUUCAACGCUGCUGGCGUUACUGGUCGACCAAACGUCGACUGGUGCGAGUCUCACAAGGUUGAGACUAUCCGCACCAAUGUUGUUGGAACCCUAACCCUUUCCGAUGUUUGCAGAGAGAAAGGUUUGAUCUUGAUCAAUUAUGCCACUGGUUGUAUCUUUGAGUACGAUAAGGACCACACGCUCGGCUCUGGGAUCGGAUUCAAGGAGGAGGAUGUUCCCAAUUUUAUUGGAUCCUUCUAUUCCAAGACCAAGGCUAUGGUGGAAGAUCUACUAAAGAACUAUGAGAAUGUCUGCACUCUUCGAGUCAGGAUGCCUAUCUCGUCAGAUUUAGCCAACCCUCGCAACUUUAUCACGAAGAUUACUCGAUAUGAGAAGGUAGUCGACAUUCCCAACUCAAUGACAAUUUUGGAUGAACUCCUGCCCAUCUCCAUUGAAAUGGCAAAGAGGAACCUCACUGGAAUUUAUAACUUCACGAACCCUGGAGUUGUCAGCCACAAUGAAAUAUUGGAGAUGUACCGGGAAUACAUGGACCCUAAUUUCACAUGGAAAAACUUUACCCUGGAGGAGCAGGCAAAAGUUAUCAUUGCCCCUCGGAGCAACAAUGAACUGGAUACGACAAAAUUGAAGCAGGAAUUCCCAGAACUUCUAUCCAUUAAGGAGUCGCUCAUAAAGUAUGUGUUCAAGCCAAAUCAGAAGACUUCUGCUACUUGAAAUUUCUAAGUUGCAUGCUUUCUUUUCUCUGGUCUUAUAGAUUUUAGCAGCUUUCUCCAAUUGGGAUUGUGUUGUGGAACACUUCUUUAGAAGUAGAAGAAAGUUCACUACCCUCCACCAAUUGGGGCAUGUCCCCCCAUUGUAUGCUUGAAUAGCUUCAAUGUCAUCUUUGAAUUGUGUAUUUUUAUUAUUAUUAUGAAUUUAUGAUGAUGAAUAAACUACCUGGAAGAUGUCAA